UUGUGAGGACGUGGUAUACCGAAGGCAAAGACGUUUCACCGACGGUAACAGAAUAUCCAAUAAAAUGCCACGAUCUAAAGCUGAUAAGUAUUCAAUUUUGCUUCCAACCUACAACGAGAAGGAAAAUCUGCCUCUGAUCACAUGGCUUAUUAUGAAAUCGUUUGAAAAAAGUGGUCAUGAUUUUGAGAUAAUUGUUAUUGAUGAUGGAAGCCCUGAUGGAACACUGGAGGUUGCCAAGCAACUGCAAGAUAUCUAUGGAAGUGACAAAAUUGUGUUGCGACCAAGAGCAAAGAAACUUGGACUGGGUACUGCAUACAUCCAUGGUAUCAAACAUGCCACAGGAAAUUACAUCAUCAUUAUGGAUGCUGAUCUCUCUCAUCAUCCAAAAUUUAUUCCAGAAUUCAUCAGAUUACAGAAGGAAGAAGGAUGUGAUGUAGUAUCUGGUACCAGAUAUCAAGGUAGUGGUGGGGUCUAUGGAUGGGACUUGAAGAGAAAAAUUAUCAGUCGUGGUGCUAAUUUCUUAGCUCAAGUCCUGCUACGGCCUGGAGCAUCCGACCUUACAGGUAGCUUUCGUCUUUACAAGAAAGAAGUCCUUCAGCGAUUGAUUGAUUCCUGCGUCUCAAAGGGUUACGUAUUCCAGAUGGAGAUGAUUGUCAGAGCAAGGCAGUUUGGAUAUAAAGUAGGAGAGGUUCCUAUCACAUUUGUAGAUAGAUUCUAUGGAGAGAGUAAACUAGGUGGAUCAGAGAUAAUCAGCUAUGCCAAAGGACUUCUUUAUCUAUUUGCAUCAACGUGAGAAACGUACUUGCCUAGAAAAUAUUCAUCAAUAUAUUUUUUGUUAAUUUAUAGUAAUUUUACAUUGCUUGGUUGCUGGAAAACUGUUCAAAGUGUCUAAUUUUUUUAACAUAUAUUCUAUUAGAUGUCUUAAAGAAAUCAACUCUUCCUAAAGUGCAAGUAUUUCUGUAUGAAGGUAUGUGAGAAGGAUCCCAAAUGUAAAUUUGGCCAUUCUGUUGCAAACCUUGUUUCUCAUAUUUUUGGAAUAAAUGCUAUCUUGUUAUAAUUGCUAGAGAAACUGUGAAGUGAUUCCUAUCCAACGCCCAGAUUGCUCCUGAGCACACACUAAAGCCAAUAUGCUACUUCAGAGGGAUAACCAUCCAAUAGGAUACAGUCAUGUGGCAGCCAUACCCAGGGGCGGAUCCAGGAUUUUGAAAGGCAGGGGGGUACAUUUUCCAGAGAAAAAAAUUGACAAGCAAAAAGAAAAAAAAAAGAAAAAAGGUCUUCACUUAAAAAAAGGGGGGCACACAUGUGUUUUAGCAGCAUUUUUACAUCACAAAUUUUAAUUAUGCCUCUCGUAAAAAGGGAGGGGUCAUGGGCUGGCUGUGCCCCCCCUCCCCCUGGAUCCGCCAGUGGUUAUACCUACCCAAACAUUUUAUUAUAAGAAAUUAUAAUUUUGUCAAAGUUCUAUCGAAAAGGCAAUAUAUCAUUCUUAUGAAUUGUCUUAAUAUAGAAUUUGUGACUACUGUGCUGCGAUGGUGCUGAAUUAGGAGUAACUGCUGCUAUUUGAUGUUAAAUGAUAAUUUGAAUUUUAUGUGGACAGAUUUUGAUCAUCUAAUUCUAAACUAUCAUGAAAAUCUUCGAGAAAGAAUUAAGAACUUAGGGGCAGCAAGGGAUUUUUUUUUUUUUGGGGGGAGAAUAAAGUGGUAUGAAAAAUAGAAUUUACACAUGCUCGUAGCAUAAUAAUUGGAUACUGUUAUUCUUUAUUAUUUGAUGAGGAUAGAUAUUAUUCAUGGAGUAUAUUAAAUCUUUCAUAUAUAUUCAUAUAUAUCGACCAUACUCCUGCCUAAUAUGUGGAAACAGGAACAGCUUUAGUUUUAACUUUUGUGCUUAAAAUUUUAAGAGUUCUCUCAA